AUGACAGAUCCACAAGAUCAUGCCUUGAUUCCGGAGGACGACUACGACGAAGAGGCUGAUAGUGACUUUGAAGUCGAUGGCUCCGGUCCUGAAGAUCCUACCUCUUCAUCUGACGAUGAAGGCCGAGAUGCCAGCGACGCACUCCAACGACCCCGAAAACGGCAGAAAAUCGACCCGCAGCAAGGCCAACAAGUGCUGAUCACAGAGCUCGAUUCGGGAGAUGAAGCCACUGUACACGAACAUAAGAAGAGUCGAAGGAAAGGCAAGAGAGAUCAAGAUGGUGUCCUGGAGCAGAGCGGAGAUGAAGCAGAAGGAUGGCGAGCGCGUACCCGUGGUAUGCGAACCAAGGAAAAGGAAGAAAGAAGAAGGAACAAACUCGCAUCAAGCAAGGGGAGCACCAUCGAUGUGAACAAAAUAUGGGAGGAGAUGAACCGACCAGGUCCACUUCUUCCUCCUCGCGCGGAAGGUAGCGUUGUUGACCAGAUGACACCAACAAAACAAGAUGGAAAGCCACCAGAUGCCGGGUUCGUGAGUAAGGAUACUGACAAAGAAAAUGUGCCUAUCGUCGACGGUGAAGAGACCAUAACGAUUAAGCGGAUAUACAGAUUCGCAGGUGAGGUGCAUGUUGAGGAGAAGAAGGUUCUCAAGUCGUCGGCAGAAGCCCGACUGUGGCUGUCUCAGCAAGAAUCCUCAAAGGCUGCAAACCCCACAACUGAUGGCAAAGUCGUGAAUCGACCGUUGCGCAAAAUCUCCCGCUUUGACCCUAAUGUCAACAAUCCAGACGCCUUCAAAGGCUCUUGGACAUCCAGCACGGCGCAAGAAGUCCAUCUCAAAGGUCCCAAGCUUAAUGUCGUCGAGAAAAGUAAGAUGGAUUGGGCUGAACAUGUUGAUACGGAGGGCCUACAGGAGGAGCUGAAAACACAUGCAAAGGCCAAAGACGGCUAUCUGACAAGAAUGGACUUCCUGCAGCAAGUUGCAGAGCGCCAGGAAGCCGAAGCCAAAGUGGCAAGGAUCAAAGGUCGUUAA